AUGAGUUAUCAAAGACUUGACCAACUGGAACAGCUGGUGGAAGAAUUAGAACAGGAAAGCUCAGGUAUACCCAAGUCAGGAAUUAUAGGGAAGAAACACACCAGAGCAGCGUACGAGGUGCUACGUGAAGUCCACUCCCAUUCGUCGCAGGAAGACUUGGAGGACUUGGAAGCCGAAGACGUAUAUCCAGCUUACAAACAAUGGAACAUUGGAUUUAAAUCAAUAGUCUCGAUCAUAUUAUUCUGCCAGCUUAUAUUGGGGUACAUGUUGUACCGAUUUGCUACCUGUGAAGCAGGUUCCGAUAAAAUCAACACCACCAGUCCCAUCCUGGAUAAACCAUAG